UUCAGUUUGUCAUUUGGCAAGUCCAGACUCUUGGUGUAAACACGCAGUGAAACUGUCAUGGAGCCGUAUGAGAGAAUUCAGUUGGAAAGGCUGUUGAAGGAAUUCGAUUUGUACUUGCAUAAUGGCACGGCGAUCAGCAAACCUGCUGCGGUGGCUGUCACCUCGUUUGACGGGGAUGUUUCCUCGCCGUGUCCUGUUGAAGCCGAGUAUUCGGAAGAGGCGGCUAGGUACGAACAGGUGCGCGAGAUGGCCGGGACGGGGAACGGACGCAGGUUGGACGAUUUACUGGGGGAGUUCAAAGAAGAAGGAUGGUUGCGGGACUGGAGGAGUGAGGAGAAUCUCACUCUGUAUGCUGACGCCAUUACGGAUGGCUAUAUAGACAUAAUCAAUGCUCUACUCAAGUACGACAUACCGCUAGGAGAUGCUCUCAUACGAGCAAUCGACGUGGAAUGUGGCGUAGCAACUAAGUCGAUAUGUUGCUAUAUUCAAGAACGAGAAGAUAUCUUGGAAUCGAUCCUGAACGGUCACUCUGACAACGAUGACUUCCACCCCGUCAUAACGCCUCUGGUACUGGCUGCUCAGAAGAACAACUUUGAAGCAGUCAAGGUUCUGUUAGAGCUGGGCUCCAGCAUCACUGAGCCUUCUCUAUCCUACGGUGCCGAUGUGACCCUGACCCAGGCCCUCUCUACCCUCCACAUCUACCGCGCCAUCUCCCAGCCUGCCUACAUCUUGGCCACCCAGACAGACAUCUUCGGCCACGCCUUCCAGAUGAGCGCCAAACUCAAGACGCUGAGCAACACGUGGGAGGACUUCGGGCCCGAGUACGUCAAGAUGGCGCGCGGGUUGGAAGUGUUUGCCGGGGGAUUGUUGGGCGAGUCCGCCUCGACGGAAGAGAUCCUGGCAUUGUUCCGCUAUCACGACACGGACAAGUACAGAGACGUUGACGGGAAGCAACAUCCACUGGCAAAGCUGUUCGAGGCCAUCGAUUAUGAACAGAAAGAGUUCAUAGCUCACCCUCAUUCCCAGAAGGCCAUCAUUGUCCAGUUCUACAGAAAUCUUCUUGACUGGAACGAGCGAGGGAUUUGGUAUCAAGUUCUACUGACGUUUCUGGUCGUCUUGGGCUAUCCAAUCAUAUGCCUUCUGUACUUAUUUGUUCCCGUGCGCAGAGUCGUUACCUUUGCAAGGCUUCCAUACGUCAUGAUGAUGAUGAAGGCUGGCUCUGGCUUUACGUUCCUCGUUUUUAUCGUAGUGAUCAACGCGUUAGAUCGACACAGCUACCCACGGAGUGUGGAGGUGCUUUAUUGGUUCAUCUUGAUUUGGAUAGUUGGUUUGGCAUGGUCGCAUUUUAAGAUCUUUCGGAGGUACGGACGCAAUAAGUACCUAUCCGAUAACAUGAACCUCCACGAGAUUGUCAUCAUAGCAUUGUGUGUCGUGGUAUUCUGCCUGCACUGGACUGGCAGAGUCGAAACCUCUCCCGAUGUCAUUAAACUCGACAAAACACUCAACAACACACUCCCCAACCUGCGAAAUCAGGUUAUGGAGGCUACUGACUCUCUAAGGGGAAGGUUAAAUGAUACCACCCUUGCAGGAGUGAAUGAUGACAUCAUGGAGGUGCUAUCUAAUGACUGUCGACUCCGGAACUCUACGAUACAAGGAUUGGAUAUAUUGCCGCUCUCGUUGCAGGAGACGAUCGAGCACGAUCAGUACGAGCCGCUGGUUGUUGCCAGAACACUGUUUGGCGUCGCCAUCACGGUGUCAGUCUUACGCCUGUUGAAUCUCCUCCUAGUCAGCGACACUGUUGGCCACUUGCGUAUCUCCCUGGGUGAAAUGAUGGGUGACAUCCUGAAGUUCUGCGGCAUCUUCUUGAUCAUUUGGUUUGCCUUCGCCAUCGGUCUGUUCCAGAACUUCUACUCUGCCGGUCAGUCGGUUAUGCGAGCUUGCAUCCAGCAGGGGGAGGAGCCGGGAAGCUGCCAGUUACUUGUGGGGUUUUCAACAUUCUUCGUCAGCGUGAAAGAUCUGUACUGGGCCCUGUAUGGUUUCGUGGGGCCCAGGGGACUUGAGUUGACUGGGAAGCACUCGGUUGCUGAGACCGUGGGAACCUUUCUGUUUGUCUGCUACUUGAUCUUUGCCGUUGUGGUCCUACUGAACGCCCUCAUCGGUAUGCUGUCCAACACCUACAAUCUUACGGAGGAAAACGCCGACACGGAGUGGAAGUUUCACCGUGCUGCAGUAUGGGCAUCCUACCUGCGCCCCGUGGGAACCCUCCCGCCACCCUUCAACUUAAUCCCGUCAGUCAAGACGCUGUGCCAUCUCUUUAAAUACGUCUGCAAAUGCUCAACAUGUGGCAGACGACGCGACAGUGGUUGGCCCUUUUCGUUACAGAAAAGAAUGCACCAGGACAGCGAACUUCAGGAUUACAAGCGAGUGUUGAAGCUGGUCCGCAGUCGGUACAUCCAGGCCCAUCUGUCGGUUGAGUCCCAGAACUCGGAGGGUGUGCGGCCACGAGACUUGCAGACACUCAGGAAUGACAUCCUUGCCUUUAAGUUCGGUGUUCAGGACCGACUUGCCUCAAUAAUUCGGACAAUCGGCAUUUCGAACGACAAGUCAAACCAUAUCAACACGAGACUGUACGAUCUGGAUCCAGUGAAAGAGAGGGCGAUGAAUCUUGUCGACGAAUCGUCUAUGCUGACAGACACUCUGGGUAUCCUUCAUCAACAAACAGAUGAUCUUCACAAGGAGCAGACCGAUGAACUGAAUCACAGGGAGAAGCACUCCUCGGAGUUAGAACAAAUCGUAGCUGCACUCCGAGCUGAGAAUGAAAUACUCAAGAGGGAUGCAUCGGUAAAGGCAAUGCAGGCAAUGAUCCGAGAACUUGAACAAGACAAGACUGCCCUCGCAGACAAACUGCAAAGUCUCGGUAAAGACAAAGACGAUCUCUUACAAGAGAAUGACCAACUCAAAAGAUACCUCUCGUCGAAGGAGAUGAGGAGUGACCAGCAGGAAAAAGAGUUAAAGGAAAUCAUCCAAGGACUCCAACAAGACAAGGCUGCACUCUCAGAUACACUUCAGAGACGCAAGAAAGACCAUGCUGAGCUCUUACAACAAUUUGACAAACUCAAGAGCGACCACUCAGAGAAAGAGGAAGAGCUACAGGAGGUCAUUCGAAGACUCGGAGAAGAGAGAGACUCCCUGAAUAAAAUACUUCAGGGACUGGAGGCAGACAAAGCUGACCUCCUGAAGCAGAUAGACGAGCUGAAGAGGGACCAUUCGGCGAAGGAGAUGAUGAGAGAGAAGACUGAAGCUGAAUUGCGGGACAUAAUCCAAGAUCUCAAAAGAGACAAGACUGUCGUCAAAGACACACUUCAGGGAGUAAGUGAUGAUAAGGACGAUAUCGUAAGACAGAUGGACGAACUCAAGACUGAGCACUUGGCAAAGGAGAUGUCGAGAGACCAGCACGAGGACGAGUUGCUGGACAUCAUCCAUGGACUGGAACAAGACAAGACGGACCUCACAGAGACACUCCAGAGACUCAAGGAAGACCAAGCUGAGCUCCUACGAGAAAUUGACGAACUUGGAAAGGACCACUCAGCAAAAGAGAAGGCCAGAGACCAGCAGGAGGAAGAGCUGCAGGAUGUCAUAAGAGGAAUCAGAGUAGAGAGGGACUCCCUGAUAACCACACUUCAGGGACUGGAGGAAGACAAAGCAGAUCUCUUGAAACAAAUCGAAGAACUAAAGAGGGACCAUUCAGCGAAGGAAUUGGUUAGAGAGCUGAAGGAGGCGGAUUUGCAGGACAUAAUCCAAGACCUCCAAAGAGACAAAACUAUCGUCGCUGACACACUUCAGGGAGUCAGUGACGACAAAGAAGAAAUCUUACGCAAGAUGGACGAACUCAAGAAUGAGCACAUGGCUAAGGAGAUGACGAGAGAUCAGAAAGAGGCAGAGUUACAGGAUGUCAUCAAAGGGUUUGAGGAAGACAAGAAAGUUCUUACAGACACACUUCAGGUACUGGAGGAAGACCAGGCUGAGCUAUUACAUCAAAUUGACGAACUAGAAAGGGACCACGCAUCGAAGGAGUUUAUGAGAGACAAGCAGGAGGAAGAGUUGAAGGAUGUCUUAGAAGGUCUUCGACAAGACAAGAAUGUCCUCAGAGACACACUUCAGGGACUAGAGGAAGACAAAACUGAGCUCUUACGAGAGCUCAACGAGCUGAAGAAGGACCACUCAGCCAAGGAGUUGACGAGAAACCAGCAGAAGAAAGAGUUAAAGGACGCUAUACGAGAACUCCAACAAGCCAAGGCAGACCUCAUGGGGAAAAUCCAGGGUCUCAAGGAAGACAAAGCAGAUCUCUCACAACAAAUAGGUGAACUCAAGCGGGACCACUUGGCAAAGGAAGCGAGGAGAGACAAGCAGGAGGCAGAGUUGCAAGAUCAUAUCCGCGGAUUCCGACAAGACAGGCUCGUCCUCAAAGACACUAUGCGGGGACUCAUGGAAGAGAAAGCUGACUUCAAACAAGAGAUCGAUGAACUCAAACAGGAACACUUGGCAAAGGAGUCCACAAGAGACCAGCAGGAAGCAUCGCUGCAAGGUGUCAUCGGAGACUUAAGACAAGACAACACUGACCUUACAAACAGGCUUCGGGAACUCAACGACGACAAGGCCAACCUCUUGCAACAGUUGGACCAACUCAAGAAGGAAUACUCGUCCAAAGACAUAACGAGAGACAAACAAGAAGCACAGUUACAGGAUCUUAUCCAAGGACUCCGGAAGGACAGAAGCGCACUCAACGAAGACAAGGUCCAGCUUAUACGACAGGUUGGUGAGCUUAGCGAGGAGCUCCGGAAACUGAAACGUACCCAACCACCGAGACCCUAGCCCCACUAAUUCGGCUCAAACUGCACAAGAACCUAAAUUUAGAACACCCACCUCAGGCUGAGCCUCGUUCAAGGGUAGAGGACAAUGUUUGGAUAGUCCGUAAUUUUGUUUUCUGCCGUCAGAAAUUUAAUGGAAUAAAAUGAUAGAACACUGGGCUACAUCAAGUACUAGACGAAGGGUUGAUGAAGGAUAACAAAAUGAUACAAAACUACCAAGUCUUUGUAGAAUUGAAAUAUUAACCUUCUAUAUACAUGUGGUUUGAAAUAAGAUUGAAUCGAAUUUACAUCACCGACCCCAGCAAGGUCGGCGGUUGAGUCGUCUGCACUAUAGCAGGAGGUCGUCGAUGGGUUCGAGUCCCACUCAAGUGAUUUUGUUGCCACAAUCAUUUGGGACAGCACUGUGUAUACAGUGUUAAUAAAAAAAUACGUCGGGGUGAAGGGUAAAAAAAAAGGCAAUAUUGAAAAGUCAUUAAUUUAAUUACCAUAGGCUCUAUACUGCUUAUUGAAAGUCGCUUAUAAGUUUUUGGAGUAAUGGGAGACAUUUGAGACACGUGGGAAUAGCAAACACACCGGUCCUUCAAGUUUUCUACCUUUUGCGUCAUUCCCCCCCCCCCCCAAUCAAAACUUCGACUACAGUUUAAGUUUUCUCUUGCGCUUUUAUGUUUACUCUUUCAUUUUUCCACCAUAUAUUAUUAGAGAAUCUAAGGUUAAAGGAAUGCCUGACAGUUUUGUCAUGGGUUUUGCAAAAAAAAAAUAUUGUAAUUUUUGUUUUAUGUACACAAAAUGAGGAUUUUUAAUCGACUACUCAAAAGUUAACAGCGUGGGGGGGUGGACAAUUUGUGACAACAGAGGGCGCUUUUCAAUGCGGACGGCACUUGAUGACACCAUUUGAUAUUGCGUUUUUCAUGAUAUUGAAUAACUUGGAAGACAAAAACAAUUAAUUUGAAUUGAAUUGAAUUUUGAAUUGAAGGGUUUUUUUUAUUGUUCGUACCAUUCUCGCAGUCCGAGGACUGAAUUGUGAUGGUUUACAAUUUACAAUUAACAGAAAUCAUUGAAAAAAAAACAUGUAUACAUAUGUUCGAGAUUAAAGUAUUCUAAAAAGACCAUUAUUUUUUUUAUGCAUAAUGUUAAAACAUAGACAUAUUCUAAAAAGACUCAUAUACAAACAUGUGGAUUAAAAAAUGUUAAAAUGCUACCCAGACUAGAUAAAAAAAAAGAACCGUGUUUUGUACAUCUACACGCCUUUCAAUCACAUAGUAAUAAAAAGAAUGCAUUGUGUUUUACAUCCAGACAUAACCAUUUUAUUACAUUACA